GCAAUUCAAGACACAAAGAAAUAUCCAAACAUGAUGCCGCCGCCGGGGAGUUUGAUGCAUUGGUUUCUGCACAACCGGUCCAUCCAUGUUUGGAUUACCAUGGUAUAUUCUGGAUUCGUCCUAGAGAAAGACCACGUUUGCUGAUAAAACAAUAGGGCACAUUGAUGACUAUGGCAGCCUUUGUAUGGUCUACUAAUUUCAAGCAAAAUUCCCCAUUUGCCGAUAUGUUACCUUCUUGGGGUGAUUUUUUCAGACAUCCUAUUGCUUCAUCGAAGACCUUUCUUGAAGUUGUCAAGCUGAAUGCGGAUCACAAUACUGCGGAGACGAUGGAGAGGAGAAGAAGGAAGGUGGAGGAUGUACAGAAGAGAGCUGCUUAUAGAAAAGCACAUGGAUUAGACACGGAAGAAGGAUUCGGUGGUUGGACAGCUAAGAGUGAAAAAGAGGUUCUGGGACCGGGAAUUCCAAUCAAUGAUGUUGCUAUUGCGCAGGAAGGAGAAGGAGAAAUCGUGCCCGAGCAACAAGAUGUAAGACAUGAGAAGAAGCCGCUUAAGAAGUGGUUAGGGAUCUGGUGAAGGAAUGCUUCAUGAAUUCAUCACGGGUAUCUUUGUAAAUAUUUUGUACAACUAGCCCAACUCAACGCCGUCUAAGCCGUCCAACACCUCUUCUGC